AAAAGAUCGGCAUCAUCAUCAUGCAUCAACCAACCAGGCCUCAGGAUCCAGGAUGCUAUCUGCUACCACUUCUCUACAUACAUGCAUUCUGUAGUAAUUGUUGUGUGAGAAGAAAGAAAGAAAGAAAGAGAGACAAUGGCACCCAGCAGUACGAAAUCCCUCCACACUCCCCUGACCUACGCGGUGGCUGCUUGGGGUAGCAUUGCCGCCACAACCUGUUUGAUCCGAUGGCACAAGCGUCGCUCCAUCAAAGCCCGUGAAGGACGGGUGGCACAAAAUAUGGGGUUAAUGCCUCAAGUCCAAAAUGUCGUGGAUGCCCUGGCAUGGCGAGCGGCCAAUACUCCCAACGAUUUGGCGUUGGAAGCGGCCGAUGGAACUGCUCAGUACACGUGGGAAGAGUAUUAUCAGCAAGUCCAACAGUUUGGCCGAUCGCUCUUGGCCAUGCCCAAGAGUGGCAAGCAAUGUGGAGUUGCCAUCCAUGCUUUUAAUGAACCACGAUGGUUCUUUGCUGCCAUUGGAGCAUUGGCGGCCGAAUGGACCAUUAGUGGUAUUUAUCUUACCAACACGUAUCCCCAAGCCGCUCAUGUCCUCAAGACAUCGGCGGUCAAAGUGUUGGUAUUGGAAUCACAAGAACUAUUGGAUUCCACGUAUGCGACGGUCUUGACGGAUUUUCCAGAAUUGACGGUAGUACUCUUGCAGGGUGCUGCUAGUAUCAGUACGGGAGGAAAAGAUCGUGUCGUGACCUACGAGGAAUUUUUAAAAGCCAACAACAACAAUACUACCACGCUCAAAACCCCAAAGAGCUUGGAUCCCGACACGGUCAUUACCAAUAUCUUCACGUCGGGUACCACGGGAAAUCCCAAAGCGGUGGAAUUAACUCACAUGUGCGCCUAUUCGGUCUGUGCCAUGAUGCAUUCGCGGAUCCCGCUCGAUACCACCACCAAAGUCGUCUCCUACUUGCCAUUGAGUCAUAUUGCUGCCAUGGGGAUUGAUGUCUUUUCCUCCAUCUUUUGUGGCGCCAGUGUCCAUUUCGCCGACAGCAAUGCCUUGCGAGGCAGUCUCAAGGAUACUCUUUUACGAGUCCGACCCACACUCUUUUUUGGAGUCCCUCGUGUGUGGGAAAAAAUGAGCACGGCCAUGCAGCAAAAGGCCGCCGAAUCCUAUGCCAAACCCGUCACGGGUGCCAUUCUCAAAUCCAUUGGAACGGCCGCCAAGGCCGUUGGUAGGGCUUGGUGGAGUUCCACCACACCGGAAUGGGUCAAGUGCGGCUUUUUGGUCGUGCCCUUUGGCUUUUUCAAAAUUUUGGCGUACAAAAAGGUCCGGCGAGGGUGUGGCUUGGAUCGAUGCCGAUUGCUCUUUACGGGCGCCGCUCCCUUGCCAACCGAUACCUUGUGGUAUCUUCGAUCGCUCGAUAUGCCACUCUUGGAAGUCUUUGGAAUGUCCGAGUCCACGGGGGCCAUUGCUGUUUGCGGACCCAACGACUUUGAUCGACCCCUCGGUUCCUGUGGGGCAGCCUUGCCCAUGGGACAGUUGACCAUUGCGCCCGAGGAUGGUGAGAUUCUCUGGAAGGGACAGAAUAACAUGAUUGGGUACAAGGGUCUACCUGCUGCCACCAAGGCCACCUUGAAUCCCGAGACUGGCAAUCUGCACACUGGGGAUAUCGGCAAGGUUGAUUCGGACGGAUACGUCUACAUUACGGGACGCAAAAAAGACCUCAUCAUUACGGCGGGAGGAGAAAACGUGGCUCCCACUCCAAUUGAAGAGGCCAUCAUGUCCCUCUUGAAUGGCAAAGCCGGCCAUGUUGUGUUGGUGGGUGAUCAACGAAAGUUCCUGACCGUGCUGAUUGCCCCCACGGAGAAUGGCACAAUGCCAACUCAAGAACAGGUCGAAGCGGCCAUGAAGGAAUACAAUACCAAUCAUGCCAAAUCACGGGCUCAACGGGUGCAGAAAGCACAUGUGUUGGAGUCCCCAUUGGACGUUCAGACGGGAGAGCUGACACCAACCAUGAAGGUGAAGAGAGCCUUUGUGUUGGAGAAAUUCUCCAAGGAUGUCAAUGCCAUGUAUGAAGAUGGAUCCUCCAAGCUGGUUGGGUACACGAGCAUGAACAUUGGAAAUCUAGCCUCGGCAAUCUAAUGUAACCGGUCCAAUGGUGCUUCCGCGUCUCGUCUUUGUGGAUUCUACAUCAUGAAUGCAUAACUUGAUUCUCAGACAAUAAUACUCUAGCUAGAUCUUGAAAAACAGACACAAAUUGUUUACAACAGUCACGAUAUCCUUGGCUAGCUAGCUUGUUUCGUCCCUCGACGUGGUUUGGUGGAUAGCUGCGACGAGUGACGAUUCAAGUGUCCUGGGUCCGCCA